AUGGCUUCUGGUCGCAAAAAGGUUCUCUUGAAGGUUAUUAUUCUCGGUGACAGUGGAGUUGGAAAGACUUCCUUGAUGAACCAAUAUGUAAAUAAAAAGUUUUCAAAUCAGUACAAGGCUACCAUUGGUGCAGACUUCUUGACUAAGGAAGUAAUGGUAGAUGACCGUUUGGUUACGAUGCAGAUUUGGGAUACAGCAGGUCAAGAACGAUUCCAAUCUUUAGGCGUCGCAUUCUAUCGAGGUGCUGAUUGUUGUGUACUCGCAUAUGAUGUUAACAAUAGCAGAAGCUUUGAAGCAUUAGACCAAUGGCGUGAUGAAUUUUUGGUCCAAGCUUCUCCCAGAGACCCUGAUCAUUUCCCUUUUGUGCUCCUUGGUAAUAAGAUUGAUGUUGAAGAAAGCCGAAGAAUGGUAUCUCAAAAACGCGCUAUGGCUUGGUGUCAGUCUAAAGGCAACAUCCCUUACUUUGAAACUUCUGCAAAGGAAGCUAUCAACGUUGAACAGGCUUUCCAGACAAUUGCAAAGAAUGCUCUAUCUCAAGAAACAGAUGUUGACAUUGAUUUUCCUGAUACCAUUCAAAUACCUAGUGGAAGACAAGAACAUGAUCCAGGAUGCGCUUGCUAA